UGAAGUUACAUACCUGAUGAUUUACUGCAUACGUCAGUCUAGUGAAAAUGGUGGUCGACAUGGAGCUACAGGAAGCUAAGGAUUAUGUUCUUCAGCUUAUGAAAGACAAAGAUAAAAUUGAAUCGGAUUUGGAGGCUUUAAAAGAAAUCUUAGAGAUUAAUCAUGUUGGCAUGGAAGAUUCAUUGGUGGACUGCGAAGGAUAUCCACGAAAUGAUAUUGAUGUUUACCAAGUGAGACAUGUGAGACAUAAGAUAAUAUGUCUCAGAAAUGAUCACAAAGCAUUGAUGAAUAAAAUAGAAGAAGGUUUACACAAAGUGCAUGCUCUAGCAAGAAACCAAACAGAAAGUCCAUCUCCAACUGUUAUUCAAGAUAAUGUACAGUUGGAUCCUUUCUUAAAAGUGAAUUUAGUAUCACCAGGUUCUCCAGCAGAUAUAGCGGGAAUCCAAGUUGAUGAUCUUAUCUUAGAAUUCGGUUCUAUUGAUUGUCGAAAUUUUAAGUCAUUAAAGGAUAUUGGAACUCUGGUACAAAAUAGCAGAUAUAAAACAAUAAAUAUAAAACUCAAACGUGGAUCUAAUAUCAUAGCCUUGACUUUAAUUCCACGUCCAUGGAUUGGUAAUGGUCUUCUGGGUUGCAAUGUAAUACCUAUAGAGUCAGUUGAAAGAUAAAAGCUCCUGAAAGAAAUUUUUAUUUAUAUGUUGAUUUUGUGUGUAUAUUAAUCAAUAAAAGAAUAUUUAUAAA